UUAAACAAUUGGAAGUUAAUAAUACUUUGUAAUUAUGUUUUGUGGAAUUACAACGUAAGAAUGUGGUUGUUAUUCUAGUAUAUAUAUGACCAUGCAAUGUUUGAGUUUUAUGAAUUAUGAGUUGGUAUGUGGUAUUGGAUUUGAACUGUGAGUGCAGGGAGAGGAUAGCCAGGUAAUUAGUUAUUCUGUUAAACUCCAGCGGGUUCUUUGAUGCAGGGGAAAUGUGUCUUCUUUGUGUUUGUGAGGGAGUGUGCUGGUUGUGGUGUGAUUUGGUCCAAUUUUCUGCAUUUUUUGAAACUAGUAUCUAAAUUAUAUUUCAGAAAGUUAUAUAUUGUUGAUGCACGGCCAAGAAAAAAUGCAUUGGCUAAUGGAGCCAUGGGAGGUGGUUCAAAAUCAUCAUCAAACUAUUUUCAAUCCGAGGUAGUCUUGUUGGGGAUAGACAACAUCCAUGCGAUGAGAGAUUUGUUCGGCUUCGAGAAUACAUGGACACUCAUUUCAAAGCGUCAUCAGAUGGAAUUUCCUCUUUCUUGUGUCCAUGACAACCCAACCACAAUGAUUGUGGGUAUUACGUGUGUUAAUAUAUGAAGGAAAUUAUCACAUACUGUGAAGGAGGAACAAUUCCAAAUGAUGUAAGUUAUUUUUAUUGUCACAAUUAAUUUGUAGUAAAAUUUAAUUAACUAAUUCUAUAUUAUUUUUCUUUCGUGCAAUAUUUUUCUAGUUGCAGAUGUCAACAAUAUUGUAAAAGUCAAAUAAUUGAAGUUAGGGAAAAUUAGUGUUUACAUGUAACUAAUACAUGCUUAUAGAUUAUGUUAUGGUGAUGUACAUGUUUAUAAGUACUGAUAGAAUAUAUAUGUUAUGGUUAUAUAUAUUAUCUUAUAAAGCAAUGUA